GAUCUGUUAACCAUUAACGAGCCUUGUUUUGUUUUAUUCGCAUUUUUAGUUAAAGGGCUCUGAGAACUAAUCUCUCUUGCUUCGUAUGGCUCUCUCUGUUUCUUGUUCUUCUUUGUCAUCACCCAAAAUUUUCCCUCAUUUUCUCUCUUCCCGUUCAUUUCCUCUCUCUCUUCCUCAACCAAUUUCCUUUCUUUUCCUCCAAACACCACUAAAAAAAUUCCACUACCACCCACCAAGAGCUCUGAGGGAAUGGCAAGAAUACGAGGAAGCAGUGAAGCGGAAGGACUUAGCCUCAGCUCUAAGCUUCCUCAUAUCCAUCGACAAGAACAACAGCGACAACCCAGUUGAGGGAAAUGGCUCCUUGUCGACUGACUCGACUCGGUCACGACUCGGCGAGUUGGGUUUUGUUGGUGGGUCAGUGAGGGAUUGGGAGGUGUUGGACACGUGCCUUAAUGCUGAUGAUAUGAGGCUUGUAGGCAUUGCUUACGAGUUCCUUAAGGACAAAGGGUUCUUGCCCAGUUUUGGAAGGUUCAGUAGCCUUGUUUUGGAGGGGACUAGGAAUGUUACACCAACCGUGUUGAAGUCUUCAACUGGCCUAGAAGCUUCUAAAUUUUCUCCAAAGAAGUGGGGUCUUUCUGGAAGCUCAAGUGUUGUAUUGGCUGCUUUUCUUGGUGGACUGUCCUAUCUGCUUCAACAAGGAAUUGAUGUCAGGCCUCAACUUGCUAUCAUACUGGGGCUAGCCUUUACAGACUCGAUCUUCCUUGGUGGCACUUGUUUAGCUCAAUUCUCAAGUUAUUGGCCUCCAUAUAGGCGACGGAUUCUUGUUCAUGAAGCAGGCCAUGUGCUGGUAGCAUAUCUUAUGGGUUGCCCUAUUCGUGGAGUAAUUUUAGACCCAAUUGUUGCAAUGCAAAUGGGCAUUCAAGGGCAGGCUGGAACUCAGUUUUGGGAUGACAAAAUGAAUAAUGAAAUGGCAGAAGGACAAUUGAGUGCUUCCACCUUUGACAGAUACUGCAUGGUACUUUUUGCUGGCAUUGCAGCUGAAGCUCUUGUUUAUGGUGAGGCUGAGGGUGGGGAGAAUGAUGAAAACCUGUUUAGAAGCAUCUGUGUCCUUCUGCAACCGCCACUCUCUGUAGCGCAGAUGUCAAAUCAAGCAAGGUGGUCAGUACUACAGUCCUACAAUCUGCUUAAAUGGCAUAGGCAUGCUCAUCGAGCUGCUGUCAAAGCUAUGGAAAGUGGUGGCAGUCUUAGUGUUGUAAUUAGGAAAAUUGAGGAAGGCAUGUCUUCCAGCGGAUGAAGUGCAGAAGUUUGAAUGUACUGCUUAUAUUAUUCACAUUCUUAUAAGAGGCAAAAUGAAACUCAAGUCAUAAAAAAUCUGAAGCAAUAGUGAUGAUAUUUCUCAUUUUGUGAUUAUGGCUUGUUCUUCCUUGUUAAUGGUGCUGAUUUGCACUUGAUCAAAAGAACUCCAUGAAGUGAAGAGUGUUGAUAUGCACUUGAACAAAGCAGCUUCAUGAAAUGAAGAGUUUGGGUGCGGGAAGAUGAUUUUUCUGAAGACUUUUUAACUUUGCAAGUCUGAUGACCCCUUGGAGGAAGAUUGCAGACUCUUGCCACGUGCUGUUGAUAUUCAAAUGGUUUGGAGAUGCGAAUGGCCCUGAUAACUCUCUGCAGUCAAAUCGCAAACUGCUAAGUCUUAUGUUUGAAAAACUGAACAAAGAUCUAGGUGUCUUUCCUAUUCACCCUGAAUUUUUGUUGGGUCAAGUGAUAGGUUGUCUGACGGUAUUUGGUACAUGGUUGCUAUUGGCCAUCGGGCUGAGACAGGCGUAAGAUCUCUCAGUUAUGUCGCUGAUGUUCUGUCUGGUUUUAGAUUAUGUAAGAAACAAGAAAAAUACAAUUAGUAUCUGAGAGAAAUUAUCUUGUUCAA